CGCUCAUCCCCGGGCUGUGCACACGUCGUGUGUCCGAUUUUCUGGUUUUUAAUAGUUUUUUUUUAUUUUUUUUUUUAUUUUUUUAACGCAAAAGAUAUGACCUCCACCCCCGUCUGCUUCCACACACCCCCAUACACUCACACGCACACCCCUUCCCGGGCCCCCUCCCCUCCACUGUCAUCAUCUACAUAUUAAUUGGGGGAGAGGUCUUCUCUCUCUCUCUUUUUUUUUUUUCUUUUCUUUUUUUUUUUUUUUUUUUUUUUCUAUGUGUGGGGGGGAAGCCCUGAGAAGCCUCUCUUUAGGCUGUAGAUAGUUUGGAGGGAGAGACGGAGAGCAAGAAUGAAUGCUGAUACUUGUGUUUCUUAUUGUGAUCCGGCUGCCAUGGAUUCCUACUACAACGCAGCCUCCCAGGGCACAGAAGGCUCCUCGCCUUUUAGGGCAUUUCAAGCAAGUGACAAGUUCAGCCCUACUUUCCUGGCCAGCAAAGGACAAGGCUUUGGUGACAGCAGCGCUAAGUGCCGGAGCCGCUACAGCCAGCAGGAAUGUCAGUCCCUGGAUGGCAGCGUGCGGGCUCCCAGCUCCGCCGGGGCUCCGGCCUCCUUUAACAAAUACCCUCCGCAGCAGCAGCAGCACCUCUACAUGCAGCGAGGCCCCUGCAAGACCCCUCCGGAGAGCAACCUCAAGCUGCAGGAGAGCAGCGGCCACAACGGAGCUCUGCAGGUCCCCUGCUACGGUAAAGAGAGCAGCUUGGGAGAGGCCGACUUGCAGCCGAGCGCCGACCCUUCGGGCAUGGACAGCAGCUACCUCAGCGUGAAGGAGGCCGGGGUGAAGGUCCCCCAGGACAGGGCCAGCACGGACCUCCCCAGCCCCAUGGACAAGGCAGACUCGGAGAGCAACAAGGGCAAAAAGCGGAGGAACCGCACCACCUUCACCAGCUACCAGCUGGAGGAGCUGGAGAAGGUCUUCCAGAAGACCCACUACCCAGACGUCUAUGCCAGGGAGCAGCUAGCCAUGAGGACAGACCUCACCGAGGCUCGAGUGCAGGUGUGGUUCCAGAACCGGCGAGCGAAAUGGCGCAAGCGGGAGCGGUUCGGCCAGAUGCAGCAGGUCCGGACCCACUUCUCCACCGCCUACGAGCUGCCCCUGCUCACCCGCGCUGAGAACUACGCCCAGAUCCAGAACCCCUCCUGGAUCGGCAACAACGGCGCCGCCUCCCCCGUGCCCGCCUGCGUCGUCCCCUGCGAGCCGGUGCCCUCCUGCAUGUCCCCCCACGCUCAUCCCCACGCGGCCGGCGGCGUCUCCGACUUCCUCGGCGUCUCCGGCGCCGGCGGCCACGUGGGCCAGACGCACGUGGGAGGCCUCUUCGGCACGGCCGGCAUCGGCCCCGGCCUCAACGGCUACGAGCUGAACAGCGAGCCGGACCGCAAGACCUCCAGCAUCGCUGCCCUGCGGAUGAAGGCGAAGGAGCACAGCGCCGCGAUCUCCUGGGCGACAUGACAGGGCUGCGGCCCAGCGCCUCGGGACACCGCGAGAGCCAGCGGGGACAGCCGACAGAGCCACCCGCCAGGACUCCAGCCUGCCCUUGCCUCCUCGGGGAUGUGAACGCAGCACUUUUAGCUACCCUAGGUGUAUAAAGGACGUGUGUUAACGUAAGUGGCGUGUUCCCAGCACGGACACGGGCAGCUCCUGGCUCACCAGGGUCAGGCCAGGGAAAGGCGGGCACCGCUCCCACCGCCACCCGGUCUGGGGGUGUCCCCUGCCACCGCCACCUCCCCAGGAACCUGGGCGCCUCUUCUCCCCGCUCAUUUCUCUGCCUUUCUGGAGAGCAAGAGCCCGCCGGCAUCCCCAGCGGCGUGCCCCAUCCCGCCCCCACACACGCACCCCUUCCCCUCCUGAUCUGCCAGCAGCGAGGCUCAGAUCUCUUCUGCCCCGGGCAGGGGACAGGACAGGGGCUCUCGCACCAGCAAAGAGACAUUUCUCAGGCUGCUCCCAUCCUCCUUGUGGGAGCCACAACUUCCCACAGCCAAACAGGGCUGGGAGAACACC